AUGUUUUUGUUUGACGACACAAGUGAUCGAACAUUGUUAAAUGAUCAGCUGAAUUCAUCGUGCUUCGAUUCAUGUCCAUCGUCACCUUCGUCUUCAGCUGAAUCUGUGUCAAGUAUGAAGUCAAGAAAAUCAUCAAAUGGUGGAACAAACAAAAAGAAUGCAAAAAAGAAAAAGGAAAAUUCGAUAGAAGAUUUAAUUGUGCAACAAGAUGAGGUGGAAAAUGUCGAGGAUGAGGUGAAAUGUUUGUUUAAUAAGUCAGUGGAUCUUCCAUCGCCAACACAUUCCAUGAUGUCGUCAGCAUCGCAUUUUAGUUGGCAACGUGAACGCGAAUUAGAAAAUACAAAUGAGAAUCUUCAAGAGAAACUGAAAGAUACUGAAGAACGUUUCAAUAGUCUUCGCAUUCAAUACGAUUCCUUGUCCCAAGUCCAUCGUGUCUUACGCGAGAAUCACGUUCAACUUCAAGAAGAAACAGAAAAGUUGAAAAUUGAUUUUCAAAUUCUUAAUGAAUGUGCGAAUGUUUUACGUUGUGAGUUGCAAACUGCGAAGCAAGAUCGAGAGUCAGCGAAUGAGGUUUCAAAGAUUCUUCAACAGGAAAUCGAUGAAAAUCGAGUGAAUAAAAAAAAGUUUCAAGACAUUGCUGAUCGUGAUGCCAAAACGAUUCAAGAUCUUCAACGACAAUGUCGAGAAAUGGAAAGAAUUUUGAUGCGAAAACAUCCGGACUCGGUCUCAGCUUUAAUUGUUGCGAGCAAGAAUUCAAACGCGUCAUCUCCAGAUGCUUCAACAGCAGCACGAAAACUUCUCGAAGAGAGAAUCGCACAACUCGAAGCAGACGCUAAAGAACAAGAUAAGAAAGCGCAGGGAAUUCUGGCAAAUGUCCAAGCACGAUUUAAAACUGUUCAAGCAAAAUAUGAAACUCACAUUCAAGAUUUAGAAACGCAAGUUUUGAGUUUACAACAAAUCAACAUGGAACAAUCGAAAGAACUUUACGCCAAAUCAUCGACUGUUGCCAACUCAACUCAAACUCUUGAUGUCCCUGAAAAGGAAACUGUCGAGAUGCGAACAAUUGGCAGUCAAACUAAAUCGUCGUCAUCAUCAUCAAAUCCGCCAAGUCGCUCAGGAAGUUCACAAUCAAUUUCUGGCACAAAGAAAAGCACAAAUAAGAUUCCAAACUCACAAUCUGAUUCUUCAAUUCAACCAAAGGAAGAUGCACAUUUAAUGGCGACAAUUCGUGGGAUGAGAGUUGAACUUGCAAUUAAAGAAAAAGCUGUUCAACGACUCACAAGAGAUCUUGAUGAAUGUAAGAAAACAAUUCGAAAACUUCAAAAGGAACGAGACAAUUAUUUGUUGAAAGAAAAGCCAACAACAGCUUCAGGAUCCUUAUCCACUUCAACAUCCACCGCAACAGCUUUAACAACUUCAAAGAAGGUUUACGAUCCAAAACAUUACCAGGAGAAUUCUGAUUCUCAAGCUUUGAAAGCAGCUCUCGAGAAAAUCAAAGUCAUGGAAACUGACUUCAAAGCGCUUUACGAAAAGCGUGUUAAAGAUCUGAAAACAUUGCAGAAUGCACAUGAACGCGAAAUCAACUCAAGUCAUGAAACUAUAAAAAUUCUUCAAAAUCGAUUAGAAGAAAAAGUCGCACAAGUUGGGAAUGUUAAAGAGAAACGACGUGGACCUGUCGAUUAUUUUGCACUCAAAGCAAAGGUGACAUCACUUGAACGAAGACAUUCCGAUCGUGAAAAAUCCCUCCAUUUAUUGAUUGAUGCUCUGAGCAAAGGUAAAGUAAGCAGCUUGUCACCUGACGAAAGUUCUUCGCCGCAUUCGUGCACAAGUCCAGUGAAUAAAAACUUUUCAUCAGAAAGUUUCGCAGUCGAAAUGAAGAUCCUUUUAGUUGCUUUCGUGUUUUGCUUACCGUUUGUCAUUGAAUCAGUACCAGCACGAUUAGAAUGUGAAUAUGUCAUCAAUGAUAAUUUCUAUGAAUGUCGAGGAAAAACUGCGACAAAGGAAAAUGAUUAUGCCAUCGACACUUUAAAUGGCAAUCAUGUCUCAAACAAGAAGAAUGAAGACGUGACUGUGGUUGCUUUACGUGACACAACGAUGGAAGUUAUUCCGAGUAAUCUUAGACGUUGGUUCCCUAAUUUCACUGGCCUUGGCAUUGUCAAUAUCAAAAACUUCGUGACUCUUGAUCGUUGCCAACUCCAUGAAUAUCCACAACUUAAGGAAUUCUUCGCUUAUAACAUCCCUCAGGUGAAAACCAUUCCGAAACGAACUUUCUGGGAUCUUAUUUAUUUGACUGAACUUGUUCUUGAUGGAUUCACAAACUUGGAGAAUCUUGACGGUGAUUUAUUGGUCAACAACACCGCACUUAAUCUUUUCUCAGCUCGCGGCCCUAAUAAGAUUACACAAAUUAAUCCCGGAUUCUUCCGUAAUCAACGUGAAACUUUAAUGUUUGUGAACUUUGAGUACACAAACAUUGUGAGAAUUUCCCAUCAGGUGUUUGAAGGUCUCAAUAAAUUAAACAUGGUGAGUUUCUUGGGUGGUGGAUGCAUUAAUCAAAUCUACAAUCAAGAAAUUGCAACACGUUUGACUGGCGAUAUUAAAACAAAGUGUCAAGAUGUCACAGUGCAAGGAAAUCUCAUUUUAAGAAACAAAAAACAAGAUGAGACAUCUGGAUCAUCUGAAAAAGUUAUUGAAGAAGUUUUAAAAGCAAUUAAGAUGGGAAAUAAAAUCAUAACAUUCACACAUGAUCAGUUGGAUCAUUACCAAGAUUGCACUUUCUUUAAUAAAAAGGAAAUUUUAAAAGUUUUCAAAAAGUUUAGAAAUCUUUCACCCGAAUUAAUUCCUCUUGACAUGACAAGCCCCGAAAGUUCCAAAGUUCGAAUGCCUAAGGAAAGAAUCAUUAAACUUUCAGAGCUUUUGGAAAAUCCCUUCAAAGAAAGAAUUUGUGAAUCUUUCUCAAAAGACGGAUAUGGAAAUUUGAACUUUGAAGAGUUCCUUGAUUGCUUAUCAGUAUUCAGCGAACACGCUCCAAGGGAUUUGAAAAUCUUCUACGCGUUUAAAAUUUAUGAUUAUGAUUCUGAUGGCUUUAUUAGCGAGGCAGACAUUCGCCAAGUCUUGAAAAAUCUCACGAAAGGCGAGCUGACUUUUGAUGAACAGCAAAAGAUAACAGAGAAGAUAAUUGAAGAAGGUGACAUUGAUAAU